UUUGUAGUUUAAAGAUGGCGCUACCCGGGCAUUUACUCGUGCGUCUGCGGGCUCUGUGUAGUUUAACCAAAUGUGGUCAUGCAGGAGAACAAACAGCAUCAAAUUGGAGAGGAGAUGUGCGGUGGUUCAGGACGAAACCUCAAACCUUUCAGGAACAAAGCGCGCCGUGUUUACAGCAUCAACAAGAUCAGGACGACCUCCUGAAGGAGUUUCCAAACCCUAAAAGCUUCUUGACCACCACCAUUUGUCGCUCACUUGGAGUGAGUGACGUGUCCCACCUCAUCCAGUACAGAUGUACGGAACAAGCUGGUGUCAAGAAGGUUACUGUCACGUUGCAGUGGCCAUGCAAGAUUGAAGAGCAGGGAUAUGCAUCCAAGAAGAUCACUGCAGAGCGAUUAGCUGCUGCAGCUGCUUGCCACAGACUCAGGGAAAUGGGUGUGAUUGAUCCAAAUAAUCCGAUUCCCAAGAGAAAGGCUGGCCAGACGAGAGCACGUCUACAUCCCCUUCUUCAUGAUGAGGACACGAGUUGGGAAGAUCGUAUCGUCAGGGCAGAUAAACGCUCGCAUCCUGAAGACCCCCCUGAUGUCUCUGAAGCUCUUGCUCUGUUUCCACAGCCCAAAUCUCUCCUAACGAGGGUCGUCCAGGUGGCCACGUCAUCCAGUAGAAUUAGCGAGAUGCUGCAGUACAAAACACUAGGAGGUAAGCUAAAGAAGUGUGAGCUGACAAUGCUUUGGCCUGAGAAGAUGACAUUCACAGCGGUGGCAACCAGGCGAGUAAUGGCAGAAAAAAAAGUUGCAGCACUUGCUUGCAUGAAGUUGAAGGAGCUUGAGCUUUUGGAUAAAGACAACAACCCACUGGCUCAUGCUAAAUACCAUCGCGAGAUGGUACGGGAGGCUGGAGAGAGGGCGAGACGUCCACUUCCUCUGGAAAUCCCAGAAUAUCUGGAACAAAAAAUGAGAGAGUAUCUUGAGCAGUACCCAAUGGCAACUGAAGUACAGAAAGUAUGGGAGGAAGACGAGGAAAGGGGGCAACAAACUGUGAACCAGGACGAUGAUGAAGAGGAGGACAUUGUAACAGAUGCUAUUACUGGCAGACCAUACAGGGCUCUGUCCGAGCAACGGGCUCAGAUGCACAACCUCCGUCUGCAACAGGAGUGGGAAAACUCGAGGCCUGGACUAAGCGUGGAGCUGCCAGUCGAUGCUCACCGUCAGCAUGUAGUCUCAGUUGUGCGCUCUUCUAGGGUGGUUGUUAUCGCAGGUGAGACGGGAUGUGGAAAAACGACGCGUAUCCCACGGUUCCUGCUGGAGGACCAUGUACGAGGUGGGGAGGGUGCUGAGUGCAACGUCCUGGUGACCCAGCCUCGACGGAUCAGUGCUGUGUCUGUGGCUCACCGUGUUGCUCAUGAGAUGGGUCCACAGCUUAAACACCACGUGGGAUAUCAGGUAAGACUUGAGAGUCGGCCCCCAGAGCAGAGUGGAGGAUCCAUGCUUUUCCUCACAGUUGGCGUCCUGCUGAAGAAGUUGCAGUCAAACCCAACCCUGAAAGGAAUCAGUCAUGUUGUGGUGGAUGAGGUCCAUGAGAGGGACAUAAACACAGACUUGCUGCUGGCCUUGCUGCGCUCCAGCUUGGAGGAGAAUCCUGACUUACGAGUUGUGCUCAUGAGUGCCACUGGGGACAACCAGAGGCUUGCCGAGUACUUUGGAGGCUGUCCAAUUGUAAAGGUCCCAGGAUUUAUGCACCCGGUAAAAGACAAAUACCUGGAGGAUGUGCUGAGGGAAAUGAGACGUGCACCUUUAGAUGACUUUAUAAUGGAGAUGAACAAACAGAAAAUGGAUGAGGCCUCACCAGAUGUUGAUUUAGUAGCUGAUGUUAUAGAGCACAUUGACAGACACGGAGAGCCAGGUGCGGUGCUGUGUUUCCUCCCCGGAUGGCAGGAGAUCAGAUCAGUUCAAGAAAAACUUGAAGUAAAACCCCGCUUUUCCUCAGGCUCGCACAUGAUCCUGCCAUUGCACUCCAGCUUAUCGGUGGCCGACCAGCAGACUGUGUUCCAGCGUCCCCCUGUGGGCCAGAGGAAGAUUGUGCUCGCCACUAACAUUGCUGAGACCUCCAUUACAAUAGAUGACAUUGUUCAUGUGGUGGAUGCAGGCACUCACAAGGAACACAACUAUGACUCUCAAACAAAGGUUUCCUGCCUGGACACAGUUUGGGUAUCUCGUUCUAAUGUGAUUCAAAGAAAGGGGAGAGCAGGACGUUGUCAGCCAGGACAGUCUUACCACCUAUUUCCAAGGAAACAGCUGGAUUUGAUGACUCCCUUUCCUGUUCCUGAGAUCCUGCGUACCCCACUGGAGAGUUUAGUAAUGCAGGCAAAAAUCCACAGUCCUAACAGCAAGGCUGGAGAUUUCUUGUCCCAAGUGUUGGAUAGUCCAGAGAAGGGAGCAGUGAGGGAUGCUGUCAAAAAUCUUCAACUGAUAGGUGUUCUGGACAACACAGAGACCCUGACGCCUUUAGGCAAGCGGGUUGCCUGCAUGUCGUGUGAUCCACGGCUGGGCAAAAUGCUGGUUCUGAGUUCCAUUUUCAGGUGUGUUCUGCCCAUAUUGUCUGUAACCGCCUGUCUCACCAGAGACCCAUUCCACAACAGCCUGCAGAACAGGACCGUUGUCAACAAGGCCAAGGAGAACCUGAGUGGCUCUAGCUACAGUGACUAUCUGGUGUUCAGUAGAGCCGUUCUGGGCUGGAGGAAAGUCCAGCAGGAGGGAGACAGAGAACACAGAGAUCAAUAUGUGGACAACUACGCUCUGUCCAAAACCAGUCUCCGAUUCAUCAACGGCCUCAUUUCUCAGUUCAGUGACAACCUGCAGGAAGCAGGGCUGAUUUCUCGGGGGAACGAGUGCCAACGUCCCACUUCUCUCUACAAUGAGCACAGCUGCCAGGAUGAGCUGCUGAAAGCUGUGCUGCUAGCUGGACUGUAUCCGAACCUCAUUCAGGUGAAGAAAGGUACUGUGACCAAAGAUGGACGCUUUCGUCCUAACGAAGUAGUUCUCCGCACAGUCAGCGGGCCGGUGGUUCUUCAUCGCUCUUCAGUUAACAGGGGAGAAAGGAACCUCCCCAGUCGUUGGCUGACCUUUUUCAGUGCGGUCAAGUCUAAUGGAAUCGUUUUCAUCAGGGACUCCUCUGUAGUCCAUCCACUCGCCCUGCUGCUCCUCACAGACUGUGAUAUCAUAGAGACAGUUAACGGCGACAAGGUGGCGGUAUCAUUUCCUGGAUACUCCCUGAUGCGCUGUGAGCUGUCAGUGGCGACGUGGGAGCUGCUUUGGGAGCUACGCAUCUCCAUUCAGACCAUGCUGUACCGAAACCUGAACAAUCCCAUCGGCUCAAAUACCACUCAAGAUGGAAAGCUCAUAUCCUUACUGGUAGAGCUGCUCAAUGGUACAGAGUCAAACCCUUUUUUUCAGAAAGGCAGCAUAGAAAGUGAGGUGGACUGAAAAUAAAACUGGUCUGCAAUUGUAUGGAUCACUUGGGGGAUCCAGAAAAAAAGAUUUCUGUUUCAAAGUACUUUAAGUAGUCUGCUAAUGUUCUGAUCUAAAUUUAAUCUGUCGGGCUGAAGUCCAAAGUGAACUGUUGGCUUCUGCCUUUUCUUUGUAAAUUAUAAACUCCAUUUAGUUGGGGUGG